UAAACGGCGUUUCCCAAAAACAGCGUCUCCGCCUCGACAACGACAAUCCCCUCGCCCCUUCCACCUCUCCUCUCUGUUUUUCCGAUUUGGCGAUUUUAUUUUGCUUCAUCUCUUCUCCAUUGGUUCCUCUUGACAAUGACGGUUAGGUCCAACGGGAGAAAACUCUCCUUCGAGAUUCUCAGCUCCUUGGACAACGACUCACGUCCGCCAAUAAUCCCCCGUUCCAGCUCAGAUCCGGUCACCGGAAUCGACUCCACUGAAUCUCCUAAGCGAAGGAGACAAAGGAAGAAGAAGAAGAAGCACAACAAAGUCGAGACUAUCCCUGAGAAUGGCGAUCCUCAAUUCGCAUCGAUCGCGAACGGUUCCGUGGAGGAUCCCAGCUGGGCCUCCUGCGACGACGGCGGUGGUGAGAGAUCGGUUUACGAAAACAGGUUGAAUUACUUCAGCAGCAGUGGUGGCAGUACAGUAACGCAGACGAUACAGCACAACGGGUUCAAGUUCGGCGAGCUGAGGCAGAGGAACGUCAACGGGAGUAUGGACUCGACUAACGAUGAGAGAUUCUCCGAGACCGUGGCUUCUUCUGAUAAGGAGAAUCAUCCGCCGUUUCAGGAAGUGCAGAAUCAGUUUCCGAGGAGUGAGACGAAUGGGGGGAAUGUUGUGGUGACGGCGAGACUUGACACCGAAGCUUCUUUGGACUGGAAUCAGCUUAUGGCUGAUGAUCCUGAUUUUCUUAGUGCUGAGACGAGGUCACCUAUGAAGUACUUUAUGGGGGAGAUUUAUGGUGGGGUCUCGUUACGGAGCACAACCACCACUGGGAAUGAUGUUGAACGGGAGAGGAUAUAUGAUAUGAUCUUCCGCUUGCCAUGGCGAUGCGAAGUGCUUCUACACACUGGCUUUUUUGUCUGCGUCAACUCGUUUCUGUCAUUGUUGACAGUCAUGCCAAUAAGAGUCCUGCUGAUGUUUUGGGGUGCUCUUAAGAAGAGGCAGUUCAGGAGGCCUUCCUCAUCGGAGCUGUCUGAUCUUGCUUGUUUUCUAGUUUUGGCGUCUGGUACCAUUCUUCUUGGCAGAACAGAUAUCAGCCUGAUUUACCACAUGAUUCGUGGUCAAAGUACCAUAAAACUAUAUGUGGUUUAUAAUAUCUUAGAGAUAUUUGAUAGACUCUGUCAAAGUUUUUGUGGAGAUGUAUUUGGGGCUCUGUUUAAUUCCGCAGCGGGACUGGCUAUUUCCCCUCCUGAGAAACUGAGAUUUUCUACAUGGAGAUUCGUUUCGGAUCUGGCAUUAACGAUGGUUGCGUCGAUUCUCCAUUCAUUCAUUCUAUUAGCUCAGGCAAUUACGUUGUCAACUUGUAUUGUUGCUCACAACAAUGCCUUGUUGGCCCUUUUGGUGUCAAAUAACUUUGCCGAGAUCAAGAGCAGUGUCUUCAAGCGUUUCAGCAAAGACAACAUUCAUGGUCUAGUAUAUGCGGAUGCAAUAGAGAGAUUCCACAUAUCGGCCUUCCUAGUCUCUGUUUUGGCUCAAAACAUUCUCGAGGCUGAAGGUCCAUGGUUUGGAAACUUUGUCUACAAUGCUACUAUGGUCUUCUUCUGUGAGAUGAUGAUAGACAUCAUCAAGCAUUCAUUUCUUGCGAAGUUCAAUGGCAUCAGACCUAUAGCGUACUCUGAGUUUCUUCAAGCUCUCUGUGAGCAGACUUUGAACAUUCACCCGGAAGAUAGAAAGACAAAUCUCACAUUCGUCCCUAUUGCACCCGCCUGUGUGGUGAUCAGAGUACUGACUCCAGUAUAUGCGGCACACUUGCCUUGUAGUCCCCUCCCAUGGAGAGUGAUGUGGAUGGUCUUUUUAUUUGUCAUAACAUGUAUAAUGCUGACAAGUCUCAAAGUUCUCAUCGGCAUGGGACUUAGGAAACAUGCAACUUGGUAUAUUAACAGAUGCAGAAGGCGAAACUCCUCCCAUCUACACAACGAUUAGUCUUGAGUCUUAAAAACUACAGAGAGAAUUGAAGAAAGGUCUGACACCUCAGCAGGAUGGAGUUUGGUUUGCAGAAGGAGGAGUAAAGCUACCGGGCUGCACUCAACUCCGAUCCAAUUCACAAGUUCGUUUUGAGAUAUGAGAUCAUCGUUGUGAUCUUAUACAUGUUUAAUAUUGGAUGAAGAGAUUUUGGUAUCGUUAGGCAAAUAUGUACAGAGAGAUUCCAUGGACCAUUUUGGCAAAAGAACAAAAAAGCUAUCGCAGGACAAGUUGCCAUAAAUACUACUCUCCCAUCACAGGACACUUUCAUCC